CAUAUCAGUUAUAUUUACGAUAUACCAUGGCCAUGGUUGAUUCCAUCACCGUUGUGAUUCACGAAAAGGUCGAGGGUGUUGUUUUGAGCGACUUGCAGCCCCAAGACGCAGCACAUUCUGGAAAUGAUUCACAGAAAGAAACUAAUUGUCAAGGACAAAAUUCGUUUCCGAAGAGAUUUCGAAAUUUAGCCCGAUCAAAUUUCGCAUGCACUGAUAUUUUCUUGAAGGUAACCUACAUCUUUCUAUGUAUUCCGUGGUUCAUCUCCACAAUAUUUUUCUCCAUAUUCGACACGAAAUGCGUUAUCUUCGAAGAAGCUUCAGUGAUAAACUGCACCCAAAAUUUCUUGAUCUCAAAUCCAACGCACUGGGUCUUUGCUUGGCUUUUGAUGUCAAUCAUUGCUUCAAUUCUGCUCAUCGCUAUCAUUCGCUUAAAUCACAAGAAGAUGAACUAUCAAACCGAGAAAGCGAAGAGUAUCUUAAAAAAAGGCUAUUUUGGUUCGUUCGUAUUCUUGCUGCUGAUUUCACUUGUCUACUAUGUCAUUCGAAUCUACGCCACCAGAUCAGAAAAGACCAGUAUCUCGAUUUCAAUUCUUGUGUUCCUUUGGUUGCCCGUCACUGUGGUACUUAUCUGCUGCCUGAAUUACUUACCUCGUGUACACUGGGCCACAACAGUGAAUGCACCGCGUUUCACAAUCGUUUGGUGGAAAGAUUGCCUCAACAAAAAUUCAAAUUUUAUUAUCUAUUGGCUGGCUCUUGUGAUGCAUUUCAUCGAGGUAACCUCUAAAGUGGCCUCCAUAAUGCUUGACGUGGCGCUCGAAGUCGCCCCCCUGAUCGAAAACAAGUUAUCAGAUGAAUCAAACCAGUUCCGGGGGGUGUUAGUAAUAGUGAUUGGUUUCAGAUUGGCAUUUCACGUACGCGUUUUGUCCUUUUUCUGGGAGAAGCUUUUUCAUGGGGAAAAGGAUUUGUUUACAGAGCCAAACCAGAGACUUUUUGAGGAGCCGUUAGUACAAAAAAGCCAGCAAGAUGAAUUUGAAAAAACAUUUAAGUUAGAAGAAGUAAUCUGCUCAUAGAAAAACGAAAUGCACGCAUAGUACAUUAUUGCUUUAUGCCGUUUUUAAUGGCACUUUUACGCUUAGAUUAACGCUUACCGGCAAACCCCUAACCACAAACGGCAAACAUAAAGGAACAUUGGCAACAAAAUUCUGUUUCCUCACUCGAGAGUAGGAGCGGAUCCGGACUGAUGCGACUGAGACUGAUGCGCAGAAAGCUACACAAGCUUUAGAGUUAGCGGUUUGCCAUGAACGUCAAUCUUUUUGUUCGCGCGAUAUAAAU